UAUACCGUCUUUACAUUUAAAAAUUAAUAUAACCGGUUCUUAAAACAAUAAAGAUUGUAAAAAUGGAAAACAUGCCUCUAUCUCAUGACUAUGGUGCAAGCACAAAAUCUUAUGAUUCCACAAAAGUUACAAUAGAUAAUAAUCGUCUUCAAGAUAUUCCGGAGCAAAGAGCAUCUUCGGAAAAGCAACCGUCCGAAACGAGAUCUUCCAACACAAGAAGGCAACUAUGGAAGAGACGACACAGCAGCGAAGGAUCCAUGAUACACAUAACAGGCACGGGAACAUUGCUUGAAGAAUCCCUCAAUUGCGGACAAUGUUACAAGGGUAAUUUCUGGCAGAGACCCCUUGAAAUGAGGGAAAGCAGCCAAGAUUCUGAAGAUCUUCCCCCAGGGGUUGGACAGUAUGAUGAUUUUCACACCAUCGACUGGAAACGAGAUUUAUCUCGAGACAGUUAUCGUCACAAAUAUAUCACCCGAAAAAUGUCAGAUUCAUUUUUAUAUUCAUUGAAGGGCUAUUGUGAUAAAUUGUCCGGAUGGAUUUGUGUAUUUCUCGUCGGAGUUGCAGCUGGCUCUGUAGCAGGAUUUAUUGAUAUUGGUGAAAGUUGGAUGAAAGAUUUGAAAGAAGGUGUAUGUCCUCAGGCAUUUUGGCUAAACAAGGAACAAUGUUGCUGGUCUUCCAACUCAACAUUCUAUGAAGGAGAUGAUUGUGCCCAGUGGAACUCUUGGUACACUUUCUUCAACCUUGAAAGUUUUACUCCCGAGGAAUACCUAUUGUCAUAUGCUUUCUACGCUGGAUGGAGCUUAUUUUUUUCGGCCGUGGCGUGUACCAUGGUUUUAACAUUUGCACCCUACGCAUGCGGAUCUGGUGUACCAGAGAUAAAAACUAUACUGAGUGGCUUCAUUAUGCGAGGUUAUCUAGGAAAGUGGACAUUGGUCAUCAAAUCAGUAGCCACAAUGAUGGCUGUAUCUUCGGGUUUGAGUCUAGGGAAGGAAGGACCAAUGGUUCACAUCGUAUGCUGUAUUGGGAAUAUAUUGUCUUAUUUCUUUCCAAAAUAUGGAAAAAACGAAGCAAAGAAGAGAGAGGUGCUAUCGGCAGCAGCUGCGGCAGGUGUAUCCACCGCCUUUGGAGCCCCGAUUGGAGGUGUUUUGUUUAGCUUAGAAGAGGUGAGUUAUUAUUUUCCAAUGAAGACAUUGUGGCGAAGUUUUUUCUGUGCCUUGGUAGCAGCAUUUGUUCUUCGUUCAAUAGAUCCCUUUGGAACUGAUCAUGUUGUCAAAUAUUACAUGAGUACAAGACGUAAAUGGAUCUUGAUAGAAUUAAUCCCAUUUAUUAUUCUUGGAAUAAUCGGGGGUAUGAUAGGGACAGCAUUCAUUAGAGCAAAUAUAGCAUGGUGUCGAUUCAGGAAAUCGUCUAGACUUAAAAAUUUCCCGAUUCUUGAGGUGUUGGGAAUCACUCUUUUCACAUCAUUAAUCAGUUUUCCUAAUGAUUUCACUCGAAUGAAUGCGAGCGAUCUCAUCAAAGUACUUUUCAGUCAGUGCAGAAUUCAUGAUGAAUCGCAGCUUUGUGACUAUGAAAGAAAUGUAACCUCAUUUGAGAAACAUAUGGAAAUAAUCGGAGCAGGUCCAGGAAUUUAUAAAUCCUUGUAUCUCUUGCUUCUUGCACUUUUUUGCAAAUUUAUUCUAACGAUUUUUACAUUCGGAAUAAAACUUCCAACUGGUCUUUUCAUUCCAAGUCUUUCAAUGGGUGCCAUUGCUGGCAGAAUUGUUGGCAUCGGUAUGCAGGAACUGGCAAUGAGGUAUAAGCAUGUGUGGCCAUUCCAUACUGCAUGUGCUUCAAAUGAAAAUUGCAUGGCACCUAGUUUAUACGCAAUGAUUGGAGCUGCAUCUUGCUUGGCAGGUGUAACGAGAAUGACAGUAUCUUUGGUCGUUAUCAUGUUUGAGUUGACCGGAAGUGUCGAUUAUAUUGUUCCAGUUAUGGCCACUGUUGUUGUGAGCAAAUGGGUUGGAGACGCAAUGGACAAGGAAGGGAUAUAUGAUGCUCAUAUACAGUUCAACCACUACCCAUUUUUGGAUAACAAGAAAUCUUUUAAAGAAUCUACGAAAGCUGUUGAUCUUGUUCGAGGAAUGUGGAUUAGAAGCCAGCUAGUUUGUUUUAGUCAAAAAGGAAUGACUUUAUACGAAAUAGAAGACAUUUUAAGAAACACGUCACACAAUGGGUUUCCGAUUAUUUUCUCGCAGGAGCUUCCAUAUUUAAUUGGUUUCGUCUUGAGAAGAGAUCUCUGUUUAACAAUAGAACACAAGAAAAAGAAUAAACAAGUGAAUGGGAGAACAACUGUUGACUUUGGUCAAAAAGCAUAUGAAACAUCAAAAUCUCCAUUUUCCCUAAAUCUGAAUAAAAUAGUUGAUAUGGCUCCAAUUACAGUUACAGUACUAACUCCAAUGGAGACAGUAAUUGAAAUGUUCUGCAAAUUAGGUCUCCGUCAAAUUUUAGUCACGGAAAAUGGAAAACUAACUGGAAUUAUUACUAAGAAGGAUGUCUUAAAUCACAUACAUGAAGUCAAAAUGCUGAAAAAAUGCAAAAAAUAAGGAAAUUCUAAUUUUCAGUGAUUUUGAAGACUAAUUUUACAUUUCCAAUAAUCUCAUGCUCAUCAAAAUAACAAUAAAAACUCAUAAAUCUAUAAAAA